GCCCAACCUCGUCUCCUCUUCUUGUUUCGUCCUCUGCAACCAACUUCACCAACUUCGUUCUGGAACAUUCGCUGUACAUUUAUUGAGCCCAAUAAAUCCAAUCAUUACAAGUCCGAUUUGAGUGAUAAACAGACAUGGAUAGCCAGGUUCAACGGCUCGUGGAGAAGGUCUGGGACAAGUUCCUGGCCACGCCCCCGGAAAGGCGACUGAUGAUCGGAAUCGGCGGGAUCCCAGGCUCAGGCAAGACAACCCUCUCCCAGGUCGUGACCACGGCCCUCAACGCCAAAGGCGCAAGGCUGGAGCCCUCCCACGCCUCCUACUCCCCGGACCCGAUAGCCGCCUUCGUGCCCAUGGACGGCUUCCACCUGACGCGGGCGCAGCUGUCGGCCAUGCCCGACCCCGUGACGGCCCACGCCCGCCGCGGCGCCGAGUUCACCUUUGACGGAGCCUCCUUCCACGAGCUGAUCCAGGCCCUGCGCGGGCCCCUUCCAGUACCACCACCACCUGCGCCGCUAGAGACCCCUACGCGCCCCGAGGACUACCCAAAGGGCACCGUGUUCGCGCCCUCCUUCGACCACGCCGUCAAGGAUCCCAAGGAGGCGGACAUUGCGGUCCUCCCAACGCAUCGAAUCGUCGUCUUCGAGGGCAACUACGUCGCGCUGGACAAGGAGCCGUGGUCGUCAGCCGCCCGCCUCAUGGACGAGGUGUGGUUCGUUGACGUCGACUUCGCCGUCGCCCGCCGUCGCCUCGUCGCCCGCCACGUCAAGGCCGGUAUUGCUGCUAACGAGGCUGAGGCUGACAAACGUGCCGUGGAGAAUGAUCUGCCAAACGGAGAGGAGAUUGUCGGCAAGAGGCUCCCUGUCGAUGAGGUUAUCGUGUCCAAGGAGGACACGAGGUGGGUACAUGAAUGAAAAGCCAUGGUUGGCUGGAAGCGCCUAGUACCAGGUGAACAACCUCGAGGUUUCGAGUUGCGUCAGAUGCAGUGUCCCUGGGUUGCGAGUGCUCGGUCUAGACGCCAGCGCCCGCAGUCAGUAAUCUUCAUUUGCUGGAACCCUACAUGAUCGAGACAAUUCGUGGGCAGUGUCCAGACAGUUCUUGUCAAUUCCAGCGCCACUCCACCAGGUAGCUCGUUCACAAUGCUCAUUCAUCAGGCCCAGUUUGACCGCGAGGUAAAAGUGAAGGCACAAUGACGACAGUUUGGUAGGCUCAG